AUGGACAAGCCGCCCCUGGUCGAAUCCAAGAACAAGAACAGAUCGAGGUGCCACAGAGCGAUUGCUGUUUCACACGAGGGAAGAGGCCUUCACCAAGGGGCCAAUCAGGAGGUGGAGGGGGAUGGAGUGGUUGGCUUUGGGCAGCAGAAGAGGGAAGUGAGUGCUCAGCACAUCUGGCUGGACAAAGCUGAUGUUUGCCUCGGUCUCGGACUCCAUCAGGCAGCCAGGCAGCUGCUGGCAGAGGCCCACUGUGUGGCUGAGGAGCUCAGAGACCUGACGACGAUGGCUAGAAGUUUGCUCAGCCUGGCCGUGCUGGCUUGUGAGGAGCAGAACUUUGCUCAGGCUUUGAUUCUGCUGGACGAAGCCCACGCUCUGGGAGGGGAUGAGGAGUUCUGGUACCAGCUCACCCUCACCAAUGUCAGAGCUGUGGUGGGCCAGAGGGACCAAGACGCACACACCAAGGGGUGCCGUUGAAUCUAUACGUGCCCUUGGUGGCGGUGAACCCGGGAAGAGAUUUAGCAACGAGGCGGUCCA